AUGGCUGAAGCGGCGACAGCUCGAAAAAGAUUAUUUCAUAAAAGCGAUGAACUCAAAUUUUGUAUAGAUUGUAGAAAAGAAAGAUGUAGUUUUGGUUGGUGUAAGGAUUGCGAAACCUCAUAUAUGAUUUCCAAUUUCAAAACUUGGACAAGCUUUAAUGAACACAUUGACAAGUUAAUUCAACGUACUCAAUUAAAUGCCACUCAAACAUGUGAUUACUUGGAAUUUAUUGAUUACAGCCAAUUCGAUAUGAUUAAAUAUGUUGCUAGAGGUGGCUUCUCAACAGUUUAUAAAGCAAAAUGGCUGGAAGGUCCAAGGUGGAACUGGGAUGAAGAUGAUCAGGGAUGGGAGCGUAACGGUCCUAUUGACGUCGCUUUGAAACGUUUAGACAAUUCUCAAAACAUACAUUUGGAUUUUUUGGUACAGAUAGAAGAACAUUGUAAAUGUUUACAAAGUGGUUACCUUGCCGAUUGUUUCGGAAUAACACGUGAUUCAACCGGUUGUAUUAUGUUUGUAAUGCGUUUUUAUGAUAAUGGAAAUAUAUAUGAAUUCCUUGAUAAAGUAAAAGGUAUAAUAACGUGGAGAGAUAUAAUAGACAUGCUUUGGGGUGUGGCUAGUGGCCUAGAUAAAAUCCACUCCGAAAAACGUUUCCAUUCAAAUCUGCACGGUGGCAAUUUGCUUAUUGAAGAUGAAACAAUAUCAACAGAUGCUCGUAUAUCAGAUGUUGAUGAAGUUAUUAAAGAUAUUCCAAAUCUGUAUCGUGAAUUAAUGGAAAGAUGUUGGGAUUCAAAUCCUUCAAAUCGGCCGACUGCUUCAGAAUUGAAUAAUUUAUUGGGAAAAUGGAUCAUAUGUAUUUGUGAUGACCCAAAUACUACUCCCAUUUCGGAAGAGUUUUUCAACGCAGAAGAGAAAAGGUGGGAUUUAAUUGGAAAACAAUUAAAUAAUAAUAAUUUUCCUAAAGUGGUCAUCCAUCCUGAAGCUGUGUACACAAGUCGUCUACUUUAUUUUCCUGAAUUGACGUGUUCUUGA